AUGAUUAUUUUAGAUAUCUCUAAAAGAGAUAAUGUAAUUCACAUUCUAAAAUUAAAUUUAAUUAGUUUGAGAAUUAAAGAAAAAAAAUUAUAAGAAAAACACGCUUAAAUUAAAUUGAAAGAAAAAGAAUUUCAACAAAAUGAGCAAUCAAAUAACUUAAUUGAUGAAUGA